AUGGGCAACAGCAAGUCAUCCGGAACAAAAGGGAGUUUUCCGAGUGUCCAAGAUUUUCGAUAUGUAAACGGUAGACGGUAUCAUAGUGAAUCAGAUACCCCCUAUAUAUUAUCUUCGGAUUUAGAGGAAAUUGAUCGACAGCAAUUGCAACAUUAUUGCUGUAAGCAUAUUUUCAGGAGUAAUGUGUCGGCUCCCGUAGAACAGAAGUUGAUCGAAGGAUCUAAAGUGCUGGAUGUUGGAUGUGGAACAGGCAUAUGGGUACUCGAAUUAUCCACCGAAUACCUAAUGUCGGAAUUCAUUGGGGUAGAUAUGUCGCCCGUGUUCCCAAUACAAAUCAAACCUUUAAAUUCUACCUUCAUCAAAGCCAACGUGCUACACGGGCUACCAUUUUCGUCAGAUGAAUUUGACUAUGUUCACCUUUCGUUCAUGAACGGUUGUUUUACCGAUGAUCAAUGGCAAAAUAUUGUGAUCCCCGAAUUAAUCCGUGUACUCAAACCUGGUGGGUGGUUAGAGCUCUAUGAUGUUGACGUCUUUACUCAUAAGGGCGGUCCGUUAAUUAACCGCCUUACCGCAAGCGUACAACAACGAAUAUCUAGUGUUGGCCUAAAUUCAAGAGCUCCCAAUCUAUAUAAACAAUGGGUAUCAUCUCAUUCGUGUCUCAGGGACAUUGAGGAAAUCGUGUUUUAUCCCUAUGUGGGAGAGUGGAAGGGCUAUGUGGUGGAUGGAGAUGAUGAUAACAUGGAUUUAAAUGGAAAGGAGAAUAUAAAGAGCAGAUAUGAUGUGGGACUUGGAAUACUGCUCAAAGAGAUGUUUAAAUUAUUUUAUAUUACUGAAUCGGAAAACUUGUCACAGUUCGCAGGGGUCUCAAAAGAGGAAUAUUUGGAAAUGGUAGAAGAAUGUUUUGAGCGGGAAAUGCCGGAAUAUGACUCGAGGGUGAAAUUUAUGAGAGUGAUAGAACCCAUAUUAUAUUUAGUAACCUGA